AUGAUACCUGGGAUGGAGAAGAGUGGCUGUCGCGAGAAGCCAGCGCACGGCAUCGCACCUGUGGCCCGCUUCCCUCAGAGCCGUGGCGAUGGCUAUCGAAGUACUACCCAGCCAGGUACAGACCUGUCAGACUGGAAGUGCUUGGCGGACGUCACUAUGUGGAAGUGCACCUUACUAGAAUGUGUUGGUAAGAUUGGUGACCCCAAUAAUGAUGUGAUUACGGUUGUAUGGAGCGCUAAACCAAGAGAUACAGCCAGCAUGAUGUACACGUUCAUGUUGACAUGGGUGACGAUUGCACCAGCAUACAAAGAUCGAGACGAUACCGGUAAUCUUUCCUACUACACCAUGAACUACUACGACUGGGUCCGCUACUUACCUGCGAGUAUCGUCAAUGUGUGCCUCUUCCCUUUGAUCAUCUUCACUUUUGCGCGCUCGACUGGCGGCUAUAUCAAUCCGACUGUUACGUUGGCUGCGUACUUUCUUCGCCGAGUGUCCUUAUCGCGGGCUGCUAUGUACAUUGCUGGACAAGUUGUUGGAAGUGCCUUGGCAGUGUGGGCUGUGCAAGAAGCAUAUGGUAGCACAGAGUUUGAUAUGGGGUGUAUCAUCAGUCCUGGAGGGGUUUCGAUACGCGAUGCAUGUGUUGCUGAGAUGAUCGGCAGUUUUACUAUAGUAGUGGUAGUCAUGUACAUUGCUGCUGGUCGCAAAACCAGAGGGUUAUUUGGAGAUGCGAUGUCGCCUUGGAUGGUGGGCAUUGCCGUGGAGGCUGGGUUCUGGGUACCUAGACUCAUAUGGCAGGGAUAUCCCCGUGCAAGUAUACCAUUGUGGCCUGCGUUGUGGGACGCUAUGAUCAAUGGCAGCUGUUAACAAACAGACUUGAAUGAAACCCCGUCUGAUAUUAACAAAAGUUCUUAUUUGGGAGUGGUAAUAGUAUCGCUGCAGUCUACGGGGCUGAUUCACU